AUGGCCGAAGUCGGAGAACCCGUUGUUCUUUCUACUCCUGCUGAAUCUGGUGAGUUUUUUCGUCUAUCCUUCAUUGUGUUUGUGUUUAUGUUUUUGAACUUUGCUGUUGUAAGCAAACCGAGAGAGAGUACGACUGACCCUGAAUUUACCAUAGUGACAGACGAAAUCAAGAACGGACUCACCGUUGCUGCUCUCCCCGCGGAAGUCGAGGAUGCGCUUGCUGCACUGUCCACAAAGGAGGAAGACCCCGUAAAAGAUAUCAAGGAACCGGCCAAGUUUGAAGUCAAGGGCGAGUCGUCCGCAAAACAUACCGACCAAAAAUCAUCCGACGAUGCGCCAACAACCACCGCAGACGAUGUCGUUGUUCAGGCCGAUGAGCCAACCACAGAAGAAGCUCCCUCCACUGAGGACACCAAAGACAAAGCUGUAGAGGAACCUACAACAAUUUCUAAGGAUGCCCCAGAGGAGACAAAGACGGAGGAGGUAGCUGGCGAGACCACUGCUGAUGCUACGUCCGAGGAGCCUGAAGACAAAGCAGUUGAGGCAGGCCAAGAACCCGCUGCGGAUGCUGAUGUGAAGACCGACGAACCAGCAGAGGCAGAGCCUCAAGCAACUCCGGAAGUUGCAGCGGUGGCCGAGGAGGCCGCAGAGACUCCUUCCAAGGACACAGAAGAAGCCGCACCGGUUGUGGCCGAAGAGAAGACUGAAACUGAAGAAAAGCCUGCCGAGAUUGAGCUCAAGCUUGUUGAAGAAACGCCAGUGACUCAUGAAGAAAAGGCAUCUGUCGAAGAGGAGAAGGUUGUUGAACCACCUGCAGUUAAGGAUACCGCUGAGACUGAGGCAGCUGUUGUGGAAGCCACUGAGCCUGCGGUGGAAGAGCCUAUAAAGGAAAUCGUUGAUGCGGAAGUGCCCGAACCAACAGCCACAACUACCGCAGCUUCCGAGGAAGUUACCGAACCCCAGGCAGAGACGACUGGCACCGAGAUUCCCAUUGCCUCAGAAACUAUUGCAGAUGAUGUUCCGGAAUCGGAGGCUCAAGUAGAGGAAGAGGCCGUCAAGGACAUUGCACAAACUGAGACAGUUUCCGAACCAAUUGCAACAAUCGAGGAAGCCUCGGAGCCUGUUGCAGAGCUGAAGGCCGAAUCGACAGAUGCUGAAGUUCCUGCUGAAACAUCUCAGACAACACAUCCCGAACCAGAACCUUUAGUCAAGGAUGAGGUCGUUGAGGACUCCACCGAAGCUGAGAAAGAGGUUGAAGCUCCCACCACCCAUGAAACAGUCGACACCCCUCAGGAAGACGCAACCGAGAGCGCAGUUGUAGGGAAACCAGUUGAACCCGAGGUUUCUGACAUUGCGGAGCCAGUGAAGGAAUCUCCCGUUGACGAAAAUUCCGAGGAGGCUGUGCCUGAAAAGACUGAGUCUGAACCGACAGUGACUACUUCUGACGAACCUGCUCCCACUGAAACUGUGGAGUCUCCUGCUCUUGAUCAGCCCCAGGAAGCCGAAGCUGAAGCAGUGGAAGAGCCAGCCUCUGUUCCUGCUGAGGUUCCAGAAGCGCUCGUUGCUGAAACUGCGGAGGCCACCGAGGAGAGUGCUCCAGAGCCUGCGAAGGUCGAAGAAGAAUCAGCCACGGAGCCUGCAGCCGAAGUUGUAGAAGUCGCUGAAGAGAAGGAACCAGCUCCAGAACCUGUUGAGACGCCCUCGGAAUCCGUGCCUGCUGCGACCGAUGACACAGUAGUGGAGGCUACCAAAGACGAGCCUAAGGAAAUCGACGCCCACGAAGAMCCCGCCGCUGCCGAGCCUGAACCGGUGGCUACAUCUCCAGAGAUAUCUGAAGAACAAACGGUUGAGUCUGCGGAAAAGCCCACUGACGAGCCGGUUGAGGCAUUGGCUGAGCAGACGGAAGAGUCGCAUCAGGCGGCAGAUGUUUCUGAGGCUGCGGCCAUCGCUGAGCCAGAGCAAGUAGCGGUAGAGGAAUUGACUCCGGAGACAGCGCAAGUCGCUGAAGAGAAGGCCGAGGAAUCUACUCAAGCUUUUGACGUCCCCGUCGAUACAGCGACAGAGACUGCCGCUGUCGCUGAAGAGCCGGCUGCUGCUAUUGAAUCUGUCGAUGUUGUCGGAAAGACCGAAGAACCAAUCGACACGGAAGUGGCCGCGCCCGUUGCGGCCACUGAGGAACUAGUUCCUGAAUCAACCACUGAAUCAGCCGAGCCGACCGAAGCAACCAAGGAGCCUGCUGCUGAACCGACUGCUGCCACCGAAGAGUCUGUUAGUGCUACUGAAAAUGAAGCUGUCAAAGCAACUCCGGUUGAAGCAGUAUCUGCUGUUCUAAGCACCGAAUCGGAGAAGACGCCUGAACCUACCGCCGAGCCUGUCUCCGAGCCGAUUGUCGAGCCUGCCGCUGAGGCUAUUGAGAAACCUGUGUCUGAGCCUACCGAGACUGUCGAAGAAGCGGCUGUUGAGCAUACUGAAACUGUCACUGAAUCUGCAGAAGAACCGGCUGUUGAGGCCGCCGACGAAGCUGCAGCAGAAUCUACUGCAGAGGCCGUUACUGAAUCCUUUACCGAGCCUGUUUCUGAACAUGCCGAAACCGUCGCCGAACCAAUUGUAGAGGCCGCCGAUGAAGCUGCUGCCGAGACCACCACUGAGCCUGUUUCUGAAUCGAUUCCUGAACCAAUUGCUGAAACCACUGCAGAGGUUGUCUCAGAGCCUACAGAAUCUGCUGUCGAGCCUAUUUCAGAACCAGCCACUGAGCCCACUGAAUCUGCUGAUAAGUCUGUCACCGAACCAGUCACUGAAGCUGUUGCAGAACCUGUUGCAGAGACAGUUGUUGAACAUACAGAACCUGUCUCAGAGCCUGUUGCUGAGUCUGCUGAGCCUGCCGCUGAACCUAUCGCCGAAGCUAUUGCUGAACCUAUCGCUGAACCAAUUGCCGAAGCCGUUCCAGAACCUGCUGAGCCUACUGCUGAGCCCACUACUGAGCCGGAUACCCUUCCUAGUGAGGAAGUGCCCGCUUCUGAGCCCGUAGAGGAAUCUAUCAACGAGCCUUCUGCUAUCAAACCCGCUGAAGCUUCUUCUCAAUCCACCGCAGAGGCAGAGCCAGUUCAGGAAACAGCUGUGAGCGAGGAAGUCGCAGAGCCUGCGAUUGCCGAAGAUGCUGCUGCUCCCGUCAAUGAACCAGAGCCAGCUGCAGAGUCUGCGGAAGUUGAAUCAAGCGAAAAGGUUGCUCCAAGUGAUGUCAGGGAAGAACUUCCAGAAGAACCUGCCACGGACGCAGAGCCCGAAGCUGCUACCACCGAAACCAUAGCCGAGCACGCGGUUGCAACCGAAGCCGAACCUAUUGCUGAGGAGCCUGCCGCUGACAGCGCUCGGGAGGCUUUUGGAACAACUACAGAACCUGUCGUUGAUGCUUCUGAAGAAAGCAAGGAAGGGACUACAGCAGAGGAAAAAAGUACUGAUGCUGUCGAAGCCACCGUUGCUGACAAGGCGGCAGAAGAGCAGUCCCGCGAGGCCAAUGAACAGUUGACCAAUGAAGAGCCUGUUGCUCUCUCUGACGAAGCCACACCGUCGGCUCCCGCCGCAUCAGCAGACUUUGGCGAGAUUCUUGAAGAAACAACAGCCGAGGCUCCUGUAGAGGAUUCUGAAGAACUCGUCCAAGCCAUUGACGAAACUCCUGUUGAGGCUGCCACUGAGACUCCGGUAGAUUCUGUUGAAAAACAMCCCGCCGAGAUCGCUGAAGAGCCUACCGAAAAACAGGUCACCGAACCGGUUGAGGAAGUCCCAGUCGAAGCAAUCCCUACAGAAGCUACUACAGAGGAGCCUGUUGAGACUGUUGCCGAAACUGCUGCGGAGCCCGCCUUUGAGGAAGUUACCGAACUAGCUGAGGAGACCCCGACUGAAGCACCCUUCGCAGAGACUGUUACAGAUGAGCCUGCCCAGACUGUUGAAGGUACUCCUGUCGAGAGUGUUACCGAGACUGCCGCAGAGGCCCCCGAGCCGGUGGAGGAAACUCCAGUUGAGGAGUCUCCUGAAGAAACUGCUGCAGAACCUGCUGUUGAGGAGGUUGUCGAACCAGUUGAGGAAACCCCGGCUGAAGUCGCUGCUACAGCGCCUACCGAAGAAGAACCUGCUCAAGUUGUGAAGGAAACUCCUAUUGAGGCUGUAGCCGAGCCGGCUGUUGAACCCGCUGAGGAACAACCUGCUGAAAUUACCGAAGAGACUGCUGGGGAACCUUCCGCGGAGGCUACCGUUGCAGAGGUCGAAGAAGCCCCGGUUGAAGCGACCGCAGAACCUGCCGUCGAAAAGGUUCUGGAAGAGGUUGCCGAAACCCCAGUUGAGGCUAUCCAAGACACCCCUGUAGAGUCUGUUGAAGAAGAUGUUACAAAGACUGUCGACGAAUCCCCUGUGGAGGCAGUAGCUGAAACCUCUGCCGAGCCGGCUGAAGAGGAGACUCCCGUCGUGGCUGAAGCUGAAGCCCCCGUUGAGUCCGCCCAGAUCGAGGCGGAAAUACCUGUUGAGACUGUUGAGACGUCUGCAGCGCCUGCAGAAGAAGAUGUUGCCGAGACUGUAGAAGAGACUCCCGCAGAGCCUGCAGCAGCAGCAGAAGAAGAAGAAGCUGCCGAGGUCGUUAAAGAAACCGUGGUUGAGCCUGGUGAAGAAAAGCCUGCAGAGCCUGUUGCGGAAGAGACCGUCAAGGAAGUGGAAGAAGCUCCAGAAGCAGAAAUAGUUGAAAUCACGGAGCCUACGGAGAAUGUGGUGGAGGCUGCUCAGGGGUCAGCUGCUGAAGUUCCGUAUGUCUUAGAAGAGCAACCCGCUCAGUCUACUGAUGCGCCAGUAGAGGCAACUCAAAAGACCGAGUCGCCCGCUGUCGCAGACCAACAGUCAGUGGCCGAAGAGGUUCCAGCUCCAGUAGCUGCUGAAGUUACUGAGCCAGUCAAUGCAUCUGAGGCGGUCGUUGCUGAGGUCGAGAAGCCAGAGGAGGAAGUCACUCCGAGCGCAGAACCGGGUGAGGAGCUUUUGGCUAAGUCAAUCGAGGAGGUUCCGGCUCAUGCAGAAGAAACUGCUGUUGAAGCUCAACCCGAGACUACGGAAGACUCACACGACACCGCAGCGAUUCCCGCUGCUACUGAAGAGAAGGAAGAUGAUCACACAGUCACUGAGGAGGCUGCUGUUGCCGCCGGUGCGGCAGCAGCAGUUGGACUUGGGGCUGUUGCAGCAGCAGCAGGUACUUCCGAAGAGACUUCAGAAGAGCAACCCGCGGAAGCCAAAGAUAUCUUUAAGGACGCUGCCAAAGAGAUUACUCCUGUUGAAGAAACUUCAUUACCCGAAGUUGUUGAAAGUGCGGAAGCUGAGCCCUCAAGCCUGCCAGAAGAUCACACCGAGUCAACGGUAAAGGAUCUUGCUGUCAAUGGAAUUCACUCAAGCGAUGAACACCCCAUCGAAGUAUCGACCACCAAAGAGAUCGAGACUGAAACAACUCCUGUUGAAGCGCCCAUUGAAGCCUCUGCCGUCAAGGAUGUCCAUAUCGAAGCAAUUCCAGAUAAAGAGCAUCCCACCGAGGCUUCUACCGCCGAAGAGGUGCAGACAGAAGCACCUUUAGUCGAAGAUGCUGCUCCAACUUCCGAAAAAGUGUCCGAAACUGACCCCAUAGCCAAGGGUGCAGGUAUUGGUGCUGGGGAAAUUGCCGGCAUUGUUGGUGGCGCUGGCGUUGUAGCGGCUGCGGCAGUGGCUGCUGGUCAUUCGUUGACUUCGACGCCAAAGGAAUCACUGACAAAAGAGAUUCAUGUCCAGGCAGACAAAGAGCAUCAAUCACCAGCUGUUCAUAUCAUCGAGCCUUCAGCAAGUGACUCGAAGCCUGCAGAGGUGCCGCACGAUAUUCGUUCGCCACCUACUCCGGAGCCCGAGGCAGAUGCGGCACUUCAAUUGCUGGCCAAGGACCGAGAAACGCUUCUAAACCAGCUUGGCGGCUCGGUCUCUGCAGUCAAUCUUCUCAGCAGCGACAAGAAGUCUUCUGAUCUAGGGGCUCGGGUUGAAUCAUUCUGCGAAGAAGACGAACAUCUCACAGCUGCUAAUAGGUCCGCGCCAAAUGCAGAUGCUGCUGCUGAAGACCACGAAGUCUCACAAAUCAUAUCUGAAGAGACCGCCGAUACCGAACCAACUGCCACCAAACCAGACGAAGAAACCAGAUCUACAGGUGCUCGAUCGGCAACAGCUCUGUCCUUGAAGUCUGGCAAUUGGUUCACAGCUUUAUUCCGUACCAUUUGGGCGUCGAUCUUUGGCGGACUUUUCGCUGGAAUCCGCCGAAAGAAGGAUUCCAACUGA